UCAUCUCUAUCCUGCACUAUAGUAAAUAAAUGCAUUUUAAGUAAUUGAUAAUAAUUUGCUAAAAUGCAAAACAACUCAGAGGAAGCGGGUGAUUUUCAGUUGACAAAAAGGCAGGGUCGCCAGCGAAGGAAGCAGACAAUUUGGACGCGCGAUAAGAUCGCCAAACUAAUUGAACUUUACCGAUCAUCGGAUUGUUUAUGGAACCAUUACUCGGAUUUAUAUAAAAACAAGGAUUGUAGAGCAAAGGCCAUUGAUACCAUUUGCGCGGCCGUCGGAAUAACAAAAAACGACUAUGGCAAGAAAAUACACAACCUACGCAACCAAUAUAACUCGGAACUUAAAAAAUUGGAGCGACGCCUGGAGGUAUCAGAAAGUACUUCGGCGGAAAAGAUCUGUCGCUGGGAGCACUUUAAGUCCCUGAUGUUCCUACGUUCCGUUAUAGAACCCCGACCAGGAUAUCAGCAGGGUCCCCAAUGCAAAAAACCAAACACAAAGCUGGACUUUAGCAACGCCGAGCCGGAUUUGCCAAAACAGAGCCAAUCCUCAAUAGAAAACUUGGAAUCAAUGAUUUUAGAUAACGAUGCAGAAAUUGUUGAGCUACCAAAGCUCAACGAACCCAUUCCCGCGCCAACGGAAACUGCGCUGACCGUCAAGUUAUCAGCCCCAGGUCGGGUAGCAGAAGCACCCACUGUUAUAGCUCCUGUCCAUGUCCCACCAAGUCGUCGCGACCAAUGGGAUGCCUUUGGGGAAUUAAUCGCCAGUGAAUUUCGCAACCUGAACUCUGAAAUUUCGCGCAAGAGGCUAAAGCGGAAAAUCAUGCAAGUAAUGCUGGAAGUCGGGGAAGAAGAUGAUUUGGAGUACCCAAUCACAAACAGUUGAUUUGAGUAUAAAGUAUAAAGAGCACAUGUUGUACAUAUUAAUAGAGUAGACCUCUUUAAAUUUAAAUAUUUAGUAUAUUCAGCACACAGACCACUCAAAGAGCAUUGAGCGCAAGACAAUUUGUAUGUACAUUUUAAGCCCUAUUCAAAACAAAACGGGAGUGGACAAAACUCCGCCUUUUUAAGCAAUCGAAAAACAAACUUGAAUUUGCUACUGGUAA